AAUCAAAAUGUAUGGUGCAGCCCUCAGAUAUCAGAGCUUUAGCCCUCUACGAGAACAGUCAUCAAAGUGAAGACCCACUUCUACCCUACUUCCCGAUGAUAGUGGAGAACGUGACCGUCUCCCACGGGAGGAAGGCGGUGCUCAAGUGCCAGGUGGAGAACCUCAGGAACUAUAAGGUUGCCUGGGUUAGGGUGGAUACACAAACUAUCCUGACUAUCCAUAACAACGUAAUCAGUAGAAACCCAAGAAUAUCCUUGUCCAGACCUGGAGAAAACAAGUGGGAUCUACAUAUUAACAGUGUACAAGAAUCAGACCGUGGGUGGUACAUGUGCCAAAUAAACACAGAUCCAAUGGUACAUAGAUCAGGAUAUCUGGAAGUCGUAGUUCCGCCGCGGAUCACGAGCCAGGGUUCUAGUUCCCUGGUGGUUAGGGAGGGGGAGAACGUGAGCCUGGAGUGCGAGGCAAAUGGUUAUCCACCUCCGCAUAUAGUUUGGCGGAGAGAGGAUGGAGACGAUAUCAGUGUAGCUGGCAAAAAGGUGAGUAUAGUAGAACGAGCAGUGCUACGCCUGGACCGAAUCUCUAGAUUGAAUAUGGGAGAUUAUCUUUGCGUGGCCAGCAACGGUAUUCCACCGUCAGCUAGUAACAGAUUCUCAGUCAAAGUUCAAUUUCCUCCGAUGUUUUGGAUUCCCAGCCAGCUAGAGGGAGUUUAUGCUGGACAGGAUGUAACUAUUGAAUGUCACUCCGAAGCUUAUCCUAAAUCUAUCAACUACUGGAUAAAUAACAAGGGGGCUAUGCUAGUCUCAAAUGAUAAAUAUGAAGCUAUAACUGUGGAUACAGGAUACAAGAUAUACAUGAAGCUUCAUAUAAGAAAUAUCACAAAAGCUGACUUUAUUGAGUACAGAUGCGUUGCAAAAAAUUCCCUUGGAUCUUCUGAUGGAGCAAUAUCAUUGUAUGAAAUACCUGCAACAACAACAACAACAACAACAACUGAAGCCCUUGAGCCGGAAUAUACAACAGAAGAAACAACAACACAUAAUAUCAGGAAAUCUGGCCGACGGAGGAGAAUUAAAGCCCGACACAGAGACCAUGUAGAGCCAAGUAAUGAGUAUGAACGUCAUAGUUACCAUCUGGAGACCUAUGAUAGAGAUCAAGAAGAGCCAGGUAGAGGGGAGGAUAAGGUUUACAUGGAGAGACAGGAAAAUAUGUUCAUAAACGACGGUGCAAUGGAUGCUAAGCAGAAUUCUGAUUCUGGGUCCCCCUUUCUCUUUCGGUCGUCUUCUACUUCUCUCCAAUCAAUCAAUCCAACUGGAAAAACCGCCAUUUUUAUUGCGUCAACAAUAAUAUCAACAUUCUUUAUCUGUUAAUUGAAUACAAAUUAAACUUGAUCUUAUUCUGCUUGCUAGCGCCAUCUCAACUCAAGAUAGCAAAAAUUAAGUUUUCUUGAAUUAUAAAUAAAAAAUUGAUUUUCUUGUAAAAUAAUUGAAAGAAGAUCUGACAUUCAAAUACCAGGAAUAAUUCAUAGAACAGAUGUCAGAGCGGAAAAAAAGUUAAAUUUAUAAAUUUAUCUUUUUUUAUUGGGGGGGGGGGGGGUCAAAACUGAGAUAGAAAAAGACCCAAAUCAAUGGGGGUGUAUAAUUUGUUAUACUAUCGUAAUUAAUACAAUUUAUCUCUUGCCGCACAUAUCUAAAUCUUUUUGAAUAAAUUUUUACUUCUGUGUGUAAAUAUACAACAUCCUUAUCCUCAUACAAUUAUGUAAUGUAAUGUGUAUUAUUUGUACAACAACACAUGUUAAUCAUUCACUAUAUAUAUGGCUUGCAACUGUUUAGGACAAAAUCAACGCUUGAUUUUUCUAUUUGUCUAACAAGCAUUCAGGAUGUUUCUGUUAUAAUUGUUUUCUAAAAGGGUUUGUUAAAGUUUUACUUUGAACCAUUUAAAACCUUGAAUAUUUUUGCAGGAACAAAACUCCAACUUUUUAAUUCUUUGCAACCUGAUGUCAUUGACCUUUGAUAUUUCAGACUCUGAACCCUGUUAAUAUAAGGAUUAAAAACUUAGAAUUUGGGGAGAGAACUUAGUGCUUUUCAAAUAAAGGUUUGAAGGGUACCCUUGUGAAUUGUUAUGAGGGUUUUUAAAAUCACUUUCAUAGUUACACUCAAGCAUGAUUCUCCAGAUACAGACAUUCCUAGUUACACUCUAGCAUGAUUCUCCAGAUACAGACAUUCCUAGUUACACUCUAGCAUGAUUCUCCAGAUGAAAACAAUUAAAAACAAUUAUUUUCUCUCUGUUCAGUGCAAAAACAGAACAGCAAUGUGAUAUUUUAUACUUUAAAUUUUAAGCAGAAUUUUGUUCAUUUUAAAAUUUAAACUUUUUUUAAAGCUUACAAAAAUG